GGUGGUCCCCGCCGCCACGGCCGCGACCGCCCCCGUCCCGGCGCCGAGUUUGCGAGGAAAUGCGUCCAUGCCAACCAUGCAGAGCCCAAGUCCGGCGAAGGUCGAGCCGCGGCUCACAGACGAAGAACUCGCGCGACGGCUGCAGGAAGACGAGGACGCGCAUUACGCGCGUGAAUUAGCCGCCGGUGACCCCGCCCGUGCUCGGGCGCCCGACCACGUUUAUUCCGAACGCCUCAUCGGACCGCCACGUGCAGGCUAUACCGCCUCGCUGCUCGGAGACGCACCUGAACCCGCCCGACCCGGCCGGGUCAGCGGCACCCAACGGCCGCAAUUCGUCCCGCCCAGUCUUGGCGUCAACCUAGGUUCGAACCCGCACCCUUCCUAG